UAUGAGCAGAGCGAAGUGGAAAGGUUGAAAGUACAAGUGAGCGAACUGCAAGCGCGAUGCGAGAAAGCAGAGAAGGAGAAGAGCGAGAUCUUGAUGAGACGAUUAGCGACCAUGGAAACCAUAUCUAGCAAAAGCUCGUCCAACGAGGUGCAGAAGCUACAGAAGAAGAACGAAGCGCUCGCGCAAGAGAAGACCAGUCUGUUGACGAAAAUCAGAGAGCUAGAGAAAGAAGUGAAUAUAAAAACAUUCAGAGGGGAAAGAGACAGAGAGAAGGACGAGCUUCGUUCAAAGUUGAAAGCUGCGGAAAAUCUGUGCGAGAACCUGAUGGACGAGAACGAGGACAUGAAGAAAGAGAUCAGGCAAUUAGAAGAAGAGAUAUACGAAUUGCAGGACACCUUCAGGGAUGAGCAAGCGGACGAGUACGUCCGUCUGCGAAAAAGUUUGGAACAGUCGAAUAAAAAUUGUCGAAUUUUAUCGUUCAAGCUGAGGAAAGUCGAGCGAAAGGUGGAGGAGUUGGAGACUGAAAAAACGACUAUAGAGAAGAAGUACGAAGAGGUGAAAAAAGUCGACGAAUCGUUGAAGAAGAUUAAAAGUGAAUUCCAAAACAGGGCUCAGAAGAAGACGAGCGAAUUCACGACCAAAGUACAACUAAAGAAACUGGUGGACGAAAUGGAGAAGGAAAUAGGCGACAUGAUGGCCGUUUUCGUAAACGUUUCUGACGGCAAAGAGAUGGAUAUUGACACGAAAUCCAAGGAAUACGCGAAAUACGAUAAACUCUUGAAGGAACACGAUCUGCUCAAGGAAAAACUCGACGUUGUGAUGAAAGAAUUGGCGGAUGAAAAGGAAAAAAAGAAAACGCCUUUCGGCGCCAAGGCAGAUGACAAAAAUACAGAUCUACAAAACAUAAAAAGGAAAUUAGACGAUGCCGUGACCAUGAGGGAAACCGAACGAAAGGCAUGGGACGAAGAGAAAACGGCCCUGUUGGAGGAAAAGGAAAAAUUAAAGUCGAAACUCUUAUCCCUAUCCGCGGAGAAACUGAAAGUCUACAACGAAGUCGUUCAACUGAAGAAAGACUUGGAAACGGCGAAAUCAUCGGAGAAGGAAGGCGCCAAGAUGGAGAAGACGAUAAACGACCUGAAGAAGGAAUUGUCGCAGGAACGAGACAGGUGCAAGAAGCUGCAAGACGAUCUGUCGGCGUACACGGAACGGGAGUCGAAAAUGACACAGUCGAUGUCCUCCGUCGAGCAAUCGAAAACGAAACUCGACGCAGAGGUGAAACGCUUGAAGAAAGAGCUGGAGAGCACCAAAUCCUCCAAUUCCACGAAGAUCAGCGAUCUGACGACGGAACUAACGGACCUGAAGAAAGAGAAGGAGAAGCUAGUGUCUCAAAUCGAUCAAGAGAAACAAUCGAAAGAGACCGAAGUGGCCACUUUGAAGAAGAAGAUCAGCUCGUUAGAGAAGACUGGAUUGAAUUCGAAGCGAAUGAAUGAGCUGAGGCAAACGUACAACGAGAAGAUCUUGAAUUUGGAGAACGAGCUGAAGAGGGGCCAGCAGGAGUACGACAAUCUGAGUGGGAAGUGCAACGAACUCGGUAAUCUAAAUAAACAAUUCGAGUUGGACAACGAAGCUCUCAAUAGCAAACUGAGGGAACAGAACACGGAGCUCAUGAGCAUUCGCAAGGAACUGGAAUCGUUGCGCCAGUCCAUCAAACUGAAAGAGAGCGAGUGGAAGUCGGAGAAGGCUGCUUUAGAAAACCGAGUGAAAGAGAGCGAGUUGCCAAACAAGGCUCUGAUAACAGACCUGAACAAUGACAUCAGUAACUUGAAGAAGGAGAACAACACCUUGGUGACGCGAUUGGAAGACAUAAGGAAGGCUAAUGACGAUCUCUCGGACAAGCUGAAGGACUACGAGGCCGUGUCCAAGAUCCAUCAAGCUCUGACGCCGGACACUACUGCCCUGGAGACGGAGAUACGGAAGCUGAAGAGCGCCCUGGAGAACAUGGAGAAGACGAAGAAAGCGGACCUGGCUCAGUGCAAGAUGCGAUACGAGCACAGGAUCACCGCCAUCACCGACGAAAUCCAAGCUAUUCAGAACCAACUGUCCAGGUACAAGCGCGAACGCGACACGUACAAGCACAUGUUGGAAGGCGCCCAGAAAACCAUCGCGGAGUUAAAGUCUGCUAGGGGUAGACAGUCGAGCAUGUCUUUGGCAAAGUCUGACGAGGAGGAGGAAGUGUCUAGCACCAGCGCGAUAGUCCUCGAAAGGCAGAUCGUCAACUUGGAGGACGAGCUUUCAGAGUCGAGAUUAGAGAUUUCCAGACUUAAAGCAGAACUCGUCUCUGAAAAAUCAGCCAGUCACGUUAAGGUGUCCGAGCUCCAAUCGCGGAUCAACGAGCUGGAAGAGGAACGAAUGCUGACGAGUGGUAGAACGAAGAUUCCAGGGCUGAAAGUUCGCAUGGAGUUGGCUUGGCAGAAGGAGAGGGAGGAACACCAGAGGCUGUUGCAAGAAACCGCAACGCUCGCGAGAGACCUACGACAAACUCUAUUCGAAAUCGAGAGAGAACGUUCCAAGGAACGGCUGGAGACCAAGAGGCGGCAAGACCAGUUGAAGAAGGUGAACGACGAAGAGAAGGAAGAGAGCAAGAAGAAAUUGCUGGAGUUGCAAUGCGAUCUGCUCGAGCUGAGGGAUGCCCACGCGAAGCUGAGGACCAGCAACGAGAAGAUGAGACGGGAGAAGGAGCGGCACGAAAAAGAGCGGGAAGAGCUCAGGGACGCGAUCAUGAAGAAAUCCAACCAGGAACAAAACGAGUUGCGAAAUAUCAACACGUUGCUGCAACAAGUCAACGACUUGACGAAACUUUUCCCUGAAUUAAACGGCAUAGCUGAGAAUGGAACUUCGAACGCUUACACGCCGACGCCACCUAGACGAUUGAAGGGACCAAAGUCGAGGGAAUCGUCGCCAAUGCUGGACUCGAAGGGAGAUAUAAGAGGUUCGAACACGCAAUUGGCUGAGAGGACGGAAAAGCUGGAGUACACCAUUAAGAACCUAAUGGACGUGGCGAAGAAAUUGAAGGAAUCAAAGAAGGCAGCUGACGAGGCUAACGUGACACGGAUGAAGAAACUUGGUAAAAGAUCGACGUCAGUGGAGAGCGAUCCAGGAAAGGGUAUAACAUCGAGCCGCUCUAAACCACGUCUGCAAAGGAAGAGUCUGUCUUUGGAACAGACAUCGCCGCGAAACGACGAUUCGCAACGCAUUUGGGGCACCGAUAGCAACAUGUCCAGUUUGCAGUCGUUAGAAGGUUCAGAAAUUGGCGGAAGAACGCUUAGCUUGCAGAGAGAUUCCAGCGUGGAUAGCCGCCUUUCUACUGGUUCCACGAAAAGCGAGAUGCUGGAACGAGAGAAGAAGCACGGGAAAGGGAUAAUAAAAAAACUCACGACUAAAUUGACUAAAUCUGCCAGCGUGGAUGAUCCGAACGUUUCCAUGGACCUUUCCCUUCAGACUUCAGGAUCCGAGACGAGCAUCAGCGAAAAGACUGAAAAGAGAAAUCUGAAAAAGAAGUUAACAGACAUGUUUAAGAGAGGUUCCAGGAGCAACAGCGUGGAGAAGAAGCUUAACUCUACGAAUCACAGCAGACCACCUUCGAGGAACUCUACGACGUCGAACAAGUAACUUGACAACGUAAUUAUCGUUUAAGCGUACAACAGCGACAAGUGACGCUACAGUGAAAUAAAGGGGAUUGCUCAAUUACGCGUAGAGCAUAUACAGAAAGAUAACUAUAUUCUUGUACAUAUCGGAUGUGCCUUUACCGAUUGUAAUUUAUAGACUUGCCAUUGUAAUUACAGAUUUGCACAAGCAUUUCCAAGUACUUCAUUAAAUGUAAAAAAACCGCGCUAUACGACGCUGUAAAAAAAAAAAGAAACGUGCAACAAAUAAACAGCACACUUGUUUCCAUUA